AUGGAGAUCCCAUUCAUCACCAUCCCCCCCUCGGCGCCGCACACCCACACCGUCGUCUUUCUGCACGGGCGCGGCGACAACCCGCGAAACUUCGCGGCCUCGUUGGCGCAUUCGCGCGACUCGCGCAACCGCACCCUCGUCCACGCCUUCCCCUCCUUCCGCUGGGUCUUCCCCGAGGCUCCCCUGCGCAAAUGCGCCAGCUCCCCCGACACGUGGCCGCAGUGGUUCGACGUCUGGAACGUGCGCGACUUCGCCGAGCGCGAGGAGCUGCAGGCCGUCGGACUCCGGGAGGUCAUCCCCGCCAUCCGCCGCAUCCUGGCCAGCGAGGCCGCGCUGCUCGGUGGGCGCUGGGACCGCGUCGUGCUGGCGGGCAUCAGCAUGGGUGCUGCUACGAGCGUGCACACGCUGUUCAACCUCGACGUCCCCGCCGCAGGGGGUGGCAGGCUCGCCGCGUUCAUCGGGUUCUCGUGCCGGUGUCCAUUUGCCGGCAGGACGCUCGCUGAGAUGCGCAAGGUCCUCGAUCUAGAGGGAGGUGACUUUGACCACGCGGAUGUCCUUCUCAGGACGCCGAUGCUGCUCGAGCACUGUGUUGACGAUCCGCUGGUUCUGGUCCGGAACGGCCGUGGCUUGCGAGACACGUUGCGCGGAUUCGGUGCGCAGGUCGAGUGGAAGGAGUACCCGAGCGGGGGCCAUUGGUUCCACUCGCCGACUGGGAUGGAUGAUGCGGUGGACUUCCUGAACAGACAUGUUCUUGGGAACGACAGUGCUGGAGCGUCAUCGGUGCAGCCCCAGGCCGCAUCCGACGCAAUGGAUCUGUCUUAG